UUUCCCCAAUUGAACAAAACAAAGACGGAGAUUUUGAUUACUCGCAAAAUUAGGGUUGGAUUGCUGCGAUUCCGUUUGCUGCGAGAUUGAAUCUUCGCCAGCCUUGCACUCUUAGUAAUUUUGAGAACUAGCAACAUCCAAAAAUGCUCCUGGAUAGGUAUGGCAUUCAGGAAACCCAUUAUGAGGUUCUUAAUGUCAAGGAAGAUGCAAAUUAUACAGAAAUUCGUGCCGGUUACCGAAGUGCUGCACUCAGUUUACAUCCUGAUAAGCUAUUGAAGACACCCGAGACAUCCAGCAGUGAUCAAACAACUGGAGAGAGAUUUCUCAGAGUACAAAAGGCAUGGGAAGUUCUAAGCGAUUCGAGCUCCCGUUCAUCGUAUGAUAAUGAGUUGAAAAGCUCAAGGCGGGAUAGGGAUGCUUUGGCCGCUGAAGUUGCAGAAGAUUUGAGCUUACAUGAUAUGAUAGCUGAAGAUGCUGAUGAAGCAUUGGAACUGUUUUAUCAGUGCCGCUGUGGUGAUUACUUCUCUAUAGACUCAUUGGAAUUGCAGAAAAUGGGGUAUUCCUUAUUCAGGGAAGGAAGCAACAUAUCUAUACUCAAUGUUGAUACUUUACCAGGAUCAGUGAUUCUUCCGUGUGGAUCUUGUUCAUUAAAAGCUCGUUUGGUACUCAGUACGGAUGACCAUUGAAAUUAUCAACAUUUUUUGUAUGAACUAGUAAGUUACCCGUGCAGAUGCACGGGUCGCGGUCGGUCGACCGCGAUCAAUUUUUCUCAACAAUUUUUAUUUAAAAAAUCUAUUUAUAAUUAAACAUUCAUUAUAAUCGUUUUAAAAAA